AUGACAACUUUCUCAAGAACCAAACGUGCUACUGACCCACUCGACGAUGCCGCCAAGGCUCGGAUCUUUGGUCACGUCAGCAGCAGCCUAGAUCAAGAGUCUCCUCAACUCUUCGAGCUCGUACACGGGUUUCUCGAGGAUGGUCCCGAGGAGACAUUCUCCGACUCCGUCUUGUCCGAGAAUUCCACAAUGGAAUGUUCUAGUGAGGCAAGUGAGGAGACUAUAAAGAUGGCGUUGAGCUUCUCCGAUUCUGAUCCUUAUCGUAAUAUAUUGCUAGGUCACGUCCUUAGAGCCGUUGAGGUAUAUUCGGCUCUAAGGUCGAGGCAAAAAUCUGUUUUCCGGGACAAAGUAGCAUCAUUUCUACGAGAGCUAGGCCACGACGCGGCGGUUUGUGUUUCCAAAUGGAGCUCGUCGGUUAAACUCACCGGCGGGAGUUACGAUUUCAUUGACGUCGUUUACAAGCCGUUGGAGGAUGAUCGGACGGCGGUGGCGAUCCGUUACUUUGUCGAUCUAGACUUUGCUUCGGAGUUCGAGAUCGCAAGACCGACGCGUCAGUACGCGCGUGUGAUGGAGUUGCUGCCUCGUGUUUUUGUAGGAAAAGAGGAGAAUCUUAGGACGGCCGUGAGAGAGUCAUGCGACGCGGCGAAGCGGUCGUUGAAGAGCCGUGGUUUGUCUCUUCCGCCGUGGAGGAGAAGCUCUUACUUGCAGCAUAAGUGGUUCGGUCCGUACCAAAGAAAGGUCGGAUCUAGCUUGGGAGUAACGCCGUUGAAUAGAGACGCCGUUAGUUGUCGCUCUAUAGGAUUUGAUGACGCCGUUAGCACUCGUUUGUUCAUCAAGACGUGA